AACCAGCCACGCCCAUCGAUCCCGCAGCAACUUCAAGGCAGAGAAGAAAUAAACAAGGCCAUUAAAGCAGAUUUCCUGAAUAGCCUAAAGUAGCUGGAGGGUAUAAAGGAGUCUAAAGGCAGGACAGACUAAUAAUGGCAGAUUUAGUCAGUAUUCCAGGCUAUUUUAAUGUGUCUAGAGACCAGGCUAAACAGCUCAUAGCUCCACACUUAUCUACUGAUGGAUAUUACAUCAUAAGACCUACUGAUGGAGAUGCACUAUGCACUAUAUGUGUUAGUAAAAACAUGAAGCUUAUGAAUUACCGUAUGUUCAAGGACGCAGUUACAGGACAUUAUUACAUCAGGGACUCAAAGUUUCCUACCAUUACUUCACUCAUAAAGCAUUACCAGAAGUUUCCUAUUAAUAAAGACGUGAAUACUUUCCUCCUUUAUCCUGUACAGCAAGAACAAGAGCAAGAAGAAUAUGUAGCCCUUGUGCCUAGUCAGCAAGAAGAAAGUACACGGCUAGCGCCUGCUUCUUCCAGAGCCAAGAUGCCCCUCCCCCAGCCGGCCAGUAGUCCGAGACAUGGCUCAAGGGACAUGGAAAGGAGAGGGAACAACGAGAGAAGAGAACCCAACAAUACAAUGACAGGAGGAGGAGGAGGAGUUCCUAAGAAAAUUCCUGACAACAAAACCGUAGACAGUUUAAAUAACAUAGCUCAGUUACCAGGAGUCCAUAUUGACCUCUCGAAAAAUGAUGUUCCUACAGUAAUGCAGGCAUUUUUAUCACAAGAAGGAGCAUAUUUAGUUAGACCAAGUGUCUCCAGUUCAGGACAGUUCACAAUAUCUCUAACGUGUCAGAAUUCGAUAUUGAAUUUCAAAAUCAACACUGAUCCGGAUGGCAAAGUGUUCAUUACUCCCAAAAAGAAAUUCUCGAGCAUCAGAGAGUUACUUGAAGGCCACAAGGUUGCACCGCUCCGGAGUAAGGCUCGACCCGGAGCUAAAGUCUACCUUCUUGUUCCUAUCACAGUUGAAGCUGUACAGGAGCUCCUCCUUCCCGCCGGGUGGCAGCAGUUCUUUGACGAUAACUACAAAAGACAUUAUUUUUAUAACAUGCAGACCGGUCAGUCAUCGUGGGAGCGACCAAGAGCUGCAACAGCCCCUGCUCCUUCUUUACCGUCUAAAGCAAUGACCAUGGGGCCUAGAAUAUCAAACAGGCCGUUGCCAUCACUUCCACAGGAAGAGAACGCCGCAACUCAGAGAAAGAGUUUGGAUGUAGGCAGGCCCAAUGUCACUAAAAUGGCCGGUGAAAGUCCUGGGCUGCCUGGGCGUCGUAUUUCUGAUGGAUCACAUAAUCCUCCGCCACUACCUUCAAAAGGACCAGCUCCUUCUGUAGGCCGAAGGGACCCACAGCCAGCCCUACCAUCAAAAGGACAUGACUUGCCUCCACUACCUUCAAAAAAUGAACCUCCUUUACCAUCAAAGAAUGAACACUCUCCCCCUCUCCCUCCCCUCCCUACGAAACACAAUGAAGUCCCUCCUUUACCAUCAAAGACUGAUGCUCCUCCUUUACCCUCUAAGACUCCUCCCCUCCCUGUCAAAGAGCCCUCUCCGGCUCCGUCCUUUCCUCCUCUUCCUUCGAAAAGUGACCCGGCCCCUCCCCAACUUCCUUCAAAGGAUCCUAAAACCGGACCCCCUCCUCCUCCUCCUCUUCCAAGCAAAGAUCCCCUUCCCUCUCUCCCUCCUAAAGAAGACGAUUUCAUGCAGAGAAAGAAAAGACCUGUUGAAUACAUGGACACUGUUAUCACUAAGACUCCUCCUUCUCCUACUUUACCACAGAAAAGUGGUGGAAGUCCUCCCCUUCCCCCUCCCCCGCCCCCAAUUGGUGCCCCUGUUCCCCCUCCCCCUCCUCCACUUGCUCCUCCCUCUCCUGCCGACUCACCUUCACAGCGUCGUAACACCACCUCCGGAGCUCCACCCACAAAGAAAGAAAUCCCUCCACCCUCUCCGUCUCCCUCCGAAGGUCGUCCUUUUACUAUCAAUGACCUCGUCCGUGCUAAGUCCUUACUUAAGAAGAAGGAGGAAGAUGAUGAGCCACAGCAGCCAAAAGGAGGAGGCGGUGGUCUUCACGAUGUAUUCUCUAAUGCUCUUAAUCAGCGAAUGACGAGCAUUAGGAGUGCAAUGACCAAUUCUGAUGACGAAGACACUGAUAUAGAGGAGGUUGAUGAUGAAGAUUGGGACGACUGAUUGAUUCAUACUAAUAUAAGUGGAUUCAUACUAAUAUAAUUGAUCGUUUGAUGAUCAUGGAAAUUUGAGGCAAUAUUAUUUUUGUAUUUAAUUUUUAUAAUUUAUUAUUAUUAUUAUUCAUUAUUAUUGUUGUUGUUGUUGUUUGUUUUUGUGAUUAGUGGUCACUCGUAUUUUGUUUGUUUUCUUUUUAAGUUAGUGCAUUGUCUUUAUGUUCACUCUUUCUCUCUCUCUCUCUCAUAUCUUAUCAACAGCAUUUAAAUUUUUAGUUAUAAUUUUACAAGUUUUUAAUUAUUAUUAUUAAUCAUUUUUCAGAUUAUUAUAGUGCUCUUAUUUCUUGUAUACAGCUGCUAUUUUUCCAUUAAUUUUUUUUAUAAAAUUAAAAAUAAUUUUAUACAUCA